UGUUUAUUAUCUGUAGAUAGAAGUCAAGUGAUAUUGUUCCGUGGAGCAUUUGAAUAAAAAUCUUCUGUUUUUAUUGAAUUUACUGAUUUACAAUGACAAUAACUGAUCUUACUUGAAUGCGUAUAAAAGCCAAGCGUGUUUUGUGCACAGUUGCUGACAAUUUGUAAUGGAAAGAUUUCGUUCUAUCGUCGCAGACAUGAGUCGCCGUGCCGGGGAUGUUUUGAGGCGUAUCAACAGAUUGGCUGAUGGACCCAUGACGAGAAAGAAGCUGGUUAUAUUAGUGCUGGUUGUUAUAUUCCUAUGCUUAUAUGCUGGACCUACAUUAUUGAACUGGUUGUUUGGUCCGGAGAGUACGACAGGCCACCAGAAUGUAUGUGUUAAAAAUUUCAUGAACCCUUUCGAGACUGGUCUGAAUGAAUACGACGUGUACGUGAGACAAGAAUCACUAGCGGCAAUGAACUCGCUCAGUCAUAACUAUGUGCCUUAUGUUGGGAAUGGCUUAAUGGGUCUAGCACUGGAACAUGUGCCUCAUCUGAACAUAAAACAUGGGAGAACACUCUCGCUGCCUCUCUACUACCAUCCUCUGUACGUUAUAGACGACUACGAAAUUAAAGAAUUUACUGUAGCUGAGUAUAAAAAGGGCAUUGUACACAGAUUUCAGUGUUCUAAUUCAGGCUUACAAGCAUCUUAUCAGUAUUAUGCACAUAGAACAAUACCUUCAUUGUUUGUACAGGAGAUUUGGAUUAACAAUCCAACUAGCACAGAUAAGAAUUUACGAUUGACAACUCCGAGAGUGUCUGACUGGCCUACAUCUGUUAUGCAGACCAUUAAGUUACACCAAGGAGUUGAUACAAAUGAGUAUGAGGUAGUGACUGGUAUGAUACCAAUACCGGACAGCGAGAAUGUAAUUGCUGCUGCAGUUGUAUGUAGGAAAAUGGGCAAUACCCUGAGAGUAGAGGCUAGAGAUGGGCUAGACAUCCUUAUAUUAACUACAGUGCAGUACAGCAAACCAAUACAGAAGUCCGAGUAUGCUUCACAUAAAGACAUUGUUGAGAAGAAGGCUAUUGAGGAAAUGGAAAAAGCUAUAGCUCUCACUGGAGAUAGGACAGCUGUGAAGAAGCUCAGAGAGAAUCAUGCUAGAGUGUGGCAAGGACUCUGGUACACGGGAUUCUACAUCUCUGAUUCUAAAGCUGAAGGAAUUAUCAACGGAGAUAGAAUUAAUGCCACUAUCUAUGCUAUACUAUCUCAAGUACGGAGCUAUGAACACGAAGAUGAUAUUAAAGCUAGUAGAAAAUCUGACAUCAUGAGGAGUUUGACAUACUCUGAAGGCUGCUAUGAAGGACAUUCAACACUUGAUGCAUUCAAUUUGUGGAAACCAUUGAAUUCCUUGUCAAAUCUGAACACAGUGGCCAGUAUCUGGUUACUAACACUUGAAAAACAAGGGUGCCAUAAUCUACUCAAAGCUGGUGCAAGUGGUGUCAACCAGGCAAUGAUUCUAAGCUUUGGAAGUUUGCGCUUCAGUAAUCAGCAUCUUGAAUACAACAUUCAUCCUUCAAAGUUACAUAGAGAUUUCCUAUUCCGUCGACUUAAUUAUGGAAAUAUGACGCAUGUGAAUAUCAGUGUUAUUGUACAGGAAGACAAUAAAGCAGCUAUCUUUGUGGCAUUGGACCGCUCAGAUAAGACUUACUAUGCAUGCGAUGCAGGAUGCUUAGACUCCCCUGUGCAAUUAGGACCUUAUAGAAAGUACUUCCCUGUCAAAUUAACCGAGCCCUUGACUGCUAUACUUUAUAUAACAGCGGACAAGCAGCAUAUGGAGGACCUGAGACAUGCUAUUCAUGUGAGAGAAGUUGUGGAAGCCCCCGCACAUGACAACCAUGUCAUAGCCCUGCAUAAACACGGGCACAGUUUAGGAGGUCUCAAUCCCUUAUUCUGGAUAUCAAUUAUAGUUCUUAUUGUGGUCUUCCAUUUAUUCUUGUGCAGAAUAAUCAUGAACGAAUUUUGUGAUAACGGUGUCAGUUAUAGGAGGCUCUAUAACAAACCUUGAAGUAUGGAUGCCUUACAAGAUGGGUGCUCCAUCAAGUCCACUGCUUGACUGAUAUGUACGCUUUUUAUGCACAACUGACCAAAAAAUUAAUUCAAUACAAGCAUGUAUUGUGCACAUACAUCACUGCCUAUUUAAUUAGCGUACAAAAUUAAUUAUAGCAUAGUUUGCAGACUCUAUUUGUGAUGUUUUCUGUAUGUUAUUAUUUAUUCAUGGCAUAGGGCAUAGAUAGGCGUGAUUUAUUUUUAUCUAUUACAUUCACAACGGGCGGAUGCUAGAGCUGCUAUCAAAUAAUAACAUUUGUUAAAACAGUUGUAGAAAUCAUUGAAUCGUUUUAUUUAUUUUCGUUUGAUAAGAAGGGAAGCUAUAAAAUGGAAGUUAUUUUAUAGUUUGAUAUUGUUUGAAAGAAUGCAGGCUUAUUAUAAACAUUAUUGUUGCAUACUACAUGACAUUCUCGGCAUUAUCUUGCUAUAUUAUUCAUGUACUAACCCAGUGAGGAGUGGAUUUUAGUUUGAUUGUAAUAUAUUCAUCCAAUUUACUUGAAAAAUAGACAAAAAUAUACCAAUUAUUAUACAUGUAAUCGAUUUGAACUAUUAGCACAACUAUUGUGAUCUCUGAUUAUAAUUUAUAUCGCCUUGAUAUACUUAAAUAAAUACUGAAGUGAUGUUUAGGAGUAACUAUUUUGUAAAACUAUGUGAUUGUUUUUAUAGUAUUAAAUAUAAUUUUAGCUGAAUCUGAUUAUAUAGCGCAAACAGUUGAAUGAAUCACAAUAUUUGCAAUGUAGGUGGGGAUAGUAUGAGCUAUGGACAUCUGGGUUGAUAUCUAAAGUAUCUAAAGUGCCUGAUAACGGCUGGUUAAAAUGAAAAGCUUCAUACUUGAUAAUCUGAUAGAGAGAUAACUUGCUCAUAUUUUCAGGUGGUAGUGUAAAUAAUUGAAAUCUAUUGUUUUACUGUCUUUUAUUAAAAGUUGUAGUUACUUUGAAGUAAUGUUUACCUAUAAAAUUCUUAGUCAUUAUAGUAUUUGCAAUUGCAAUUAAUAUAUUUAUUUGAAUAUAAAAGAACUUAACAAUGUUAGACUGUACAUAUUACAUUGUGUAUGUUUAUAUAUUGUUAUAAGAUUGUGGUGUAUAUUUUUGAAAUUAAAAGCCAAGUUGUAUGUUGAA